UUGUCCAAAGGAAAUGAAAGCAUUAACUUGAAAAGAUAUAUGCACCCCAUUUUCACUGUAACAUUUACAAUAGCCAUGCAUGUAUGAAAACAAUCUCCUGAGAAACUCCAUUAUUGACAUUUAAAUCUCUGAAAAAAAUUCCACCUUCAUCUCUUACCAUUUUUAUUAUUGAGGAUAAGCUUAUUUUUAUUUUUUAUGCAGAAUGAUGGCUGUUUUGGUACUUCAGGUGGAAUUCGUUCUUUUCAGCUUCAAAACUGGAAACAGAAAGUUAGUCGGCCUAAGAAAGCAGAAUUCAUACGCACAGCAGAAAAAUUUAAAAAUCUAGUUAUUAACAUAGAAAAAGAUAAACACAGUCAUUUCUACAACCAAAAAGGUGACUUCAGAAUUGAGCAUAGUAUGCUGGAAGAAUUGGAAAAUAAAUUGAUUAACAGCAGGAAAACAGAAAGAGCAAAAAUCCAGCAACAAUUGGCCAAAAUACACAACAACGUAAAGAAACUUCAGCAUCAGUUAAAAGAUGUGAAGCCUACACCUGAUUUUGUCGAAAAGCUCAGAGAAAUGAUGGAAGAAAUCGAAAAUGCAAUUAACACUUUUAAGGAAGAGCAGAGAUUGAUAUAUGAAGAACUUAUUAAAGAAGAGAAAACAACUAAUAAUGAGUUGAGCGCCAUAUCAAGAAAAAUUGACACAUGGGCUUUGGGUAGUUCAGAAACGGAGAAGGCUUUCAGAACAGUGCCAAGCAAAGCUCCUAUAGACAAAAGAACACCAAGAACUCUUCCAGAAGAAGUGGUAGAUUUUGAAAAAUUCCUCCAGCAAACAGGAGGGCGCCAAGGGGGCUGGGAUGAUUAUGAUCACCAAAACUUUGUGAAGGUGAGGAACAAACAUAAAGGGAAGCCAACUUUUAUGGGAGAAGUUCUAGAACACCUUCCUGGAAGAACACAGGAUGAAGUUGAACAGCAUGAAAAAUGGUAUCAAAAACUUCUGGCCCUAGAAGAAAGGAAAAAAGAGUCUAUUCAGAAUUGGAAAACUAAAAAGCAGCAAAAAAAAGAGGAAAUGUUCAAGUUAAAGGAAAGGGCAGAGAAUAUACCUCUGCUUUUUCAUAGUAAACAAGAAGAUAAUCAACAGCAAAAAGAAGAACAAAGGAAGAAGCAGAAAUUGGCAGUGGAAGUUUGGAAAAAACAAAAAAGUAUAGAAAUGUCAAUGAAAUAUGCUUCCCGGUUAAAAGAAGAGGAAGAGAAAGAGAAAAGGCAGCAGAAAGAGCGCCAACGCCAGUUUAAACUAAAAUUACUACUAGAAAACUACACCCAGCAGAAGAAAGAACAGGAAGAAUUUUUAAGACUUGAAAAGGAGAUAAGGGAAAAGAUAGAAAAGGCAGAAAAAAGGAAAACUGCUGCUGAUGAAAUUUCCAGAUUUCAAGAAAGAGAUUUACGUAAACUUGAAUUGAAAAUUCUUGAUAGACAGUCAAAGGAAGAUGAAAAGGCAGAGAAACAAAGACGACUGGCAAAAUUAAAAGAAAAGGUUGAAAACAGUGUUAGCAGAGAUCCCUCUAGGCUUUACAAACCUACCAAAGGUUGGGAAGAACGGACCAAAAAGAUAGGACCAACAGGCUCUGGGCCGCUUCUACAUAUCCCACAUAGGGCUAUUCCAACCUGGAGACAAGGAGUUUAGAAAAGAAUAUGAGAUAAUGAAAUUGGCAUUCAGUUGAAGGGAAUGUUAGCAUAUUCAGCUUUAAAAGGACAGUGACUAAACCGCAUGUUUUUUUAAAAAUAUCACUAGCCUAGACAGACUGAUUAUUGUGUUGUAUGUGAAUUGGCAGGUAUUAGGUUCUAAGUGGUAUUGUCAUUAGUAUUUCCUGUUUAUACUAAGAGGAUAUUAAAUGCAUAUGUUGGCCUAUUAUUGAUGUAAAAGUUUUUUGAAUAAGUUUAUGUUACAGACGGUAUUUCAUUUAAAUACUCAGAAUUUUAAAGAUAUUUUGUUUUUGUCAUGGCACAGCGAAAUAAAUUGAGACAAUCACAGAGUGACAUUUUUCAAACCAAAAUUUUGUAACAUUUAUAUUUUGGAGGUAAGUUAGCUUGAGUAACAAAAAUGUAAAGUUUUUUUUGUUUUUUGUUUGAAUUAUGAAAUAAGUUAAUACUUUUUCUAAGUUUAACCAAUUGGUAGUUUGUCAGUUACUAAAUUUUUGUGUAAUAAAUAUUUGGAUUUGUUUGAAGCAUGCUUUGUUUUAUAUAAAGAAUAUUUAUAUUAAAAAUAUGCCUUACACUUCACACCUCAUAUAUACUCUAUUAUUUGUACAAUUGUUAAAACUUUUGAUUUUCUUCAGCUUUUCCAAAUUUCCCUUCAGCCUUUCUGGACUUCACACAUUUUUAUAAAAUCUUUGUGUCUUU